AGCGCUGCCAGCGUGGAAUACGACGCGGCUCCCAUCCAGGAAGUAGACUGACUGCUGAUCUGCGAAAGGACAGCAAAGUAACUAAGAUACGGAAGAUAAUUGGCAAAGUGGUUAAUUCGAAAGCGUCCGCUGGUCCUAACUGUAGGCCUUAUAGGAGGGAUAUAGACAGUCCCUGUUCGCUGGUUUCGAAAAGCAUGGAGCAGCCCCUUCAUAAGACAAUGGUGGACCCCAUGCUAGCAGAGAUGGGGCGAAAUCUAAACGAUGCCAUGAAGAUUCUUGAAAAUGGUCAAACGGAGGCAGACCAAGACUCAGGCCAGCGGCGGCCCAGCUGGAGAGACAUUCCAGGACCACUGCAGGGGGACGGUCAGGAUGUUGCCGGUAUUCUUCAGCUGGUGCAGAAUCUAAUGCAUGAUGACGAAGAUAAACAGGGUCAUCGCAGGAUGCAGUAUGUGGGGGAGCAGGGUCACAUGGCCUUGUUGGGGCACAGCCUAGCUGCCUACAUCUCAGUGCUGGACCGCGAGCGACUCCGCAAGCUGACCACGCGCAUCCUGUCUGACACCACCCUCUGGCUGUGCAGGCUGUUCAGAUAUGAGAACGGCUCUGCGUAUUACCACGAGGACGACCGCGAGGGCCUGGUGAAGGUGUGUCGCCUGGUGAUAAACGCUCGCUACGAAGAAUAUUCCACAGAGGGGUUCACGGUGCUCAGCUCCAAACAGCCGGUCAUCUAUCAGAGCGCCGCCUGCAGGCCGGGGCUGGGACAGCACCUCUGCAGCCAGCUUGGGCUUCCUCUGUCCAGCCUUUGCACUGUGCCCUGUAACACCAUGUUUGGAUCUCAGCACCAAAUAGAUGUGGCCUUGUUGGACAAGCUCAUUAAAGACGACGUUGACACGGGGAAGAUCCCUCUGCUGCUGAUAGCCAACGCAGGAACACCUGGGGCCGGGCACACAGAUAAACUGGGACGCCUGAAAGAGCUCUGUGUCCAGUACAACAUAUGGCUUCAUGUUGAGGGGGUGAAUUUGGCAACUCUGGCCUUGGGUCAAGUCACAUCUCCAGUUAUGGCAGCUACCAAGAGUGACAGCAUGACCCUCACUCCAGGUCCAUGGCUGGGACUUCCUGCUGUGCCAGCUGUCACACUUUAUAGACAUGAAGACCCAGCUCUGUCUCUGGCAGCGGGCCUGACCUCCAGCCAGCCAGUGGAGAAGCUUCGUGCCCUGCCCCUCUGGCUGUCCCUGCAGUACUUGGGGCAUGAUGGGAUAGUAGAGAGGAUUAAGAACGCCACGCAGCUCAGUCAACAGCUGCUGGAGCAUCUCAAGACACUGGCCUCCAUCAAGACCUCAGAUGUCCUUGAAGAUGAGGUGUCUCUCCUCGAGGCUUUGACCAUGGUGGAGGAUGAGCUGAACUCUCCAGUGGUGGUGUUCAGGUUCUCCCAGGACACCAGUGCAGCAUCCAGUGGUGGAUCUGUGGAGGGCUAUUUCCCUGGAGAAAAAGAAGUCGAAGAUGCUCUCAACAGAUGGCUCGGAGAGCAGUUGGCCCAGCAGGUACCGUCCAGUGGGGUAGAUGUGGUAGAGUUGGAGGACGAGGGCACUUGUGUCCGCUUCAACCCACUCAUGACUGCUGCAGUGUUGGGGACCCAGGGGUCCGACAUCAAAGCUUUGGUGGAGAAGCUGACCGACAUGGUGCCUCUCCUGAGCAGCACGCUUCGCUUCAGGCAGGACUUCAGGGAGGAGAUCCACCACCAAGCCGCCCUUACCUACAUAGAGGACCUCAGCUGGCCGGGCUUGGGUGCCAUAAGGUAUGAGCCUCAGUGUGAGCAGGCUGACGACGGCAAGAGGCAACAGGAUGUGGAGAGGAUCAAUGGAGACAUGCUGAAGAAACUGACGGAGUUGGACACAGACAUCUCCUUCUCCACUGGUCCAGAGUUUGGCACUGAGACUAACUGCAUAUACGUGGGGUUGGCGACUGAGGAUCUUGAUGUGUCAGAGCUGGUGCACACCCUUGCAGCAACUGGGAGGGACCUUGAAGAAAGCGGCAAGUUGCUAGAGAACAUGACCGAGGUUGUGCGAAAAGGCAUCUUGGAGGCUGAGGCACAGCUACAGAAAGCUAAUGACGAAAAACUCAUGGAGGAGGGAGUCCUGCGGCAGAUUCCCCUGGUAGGCUCUGUACUCAACUGGUUCUCUCCCACUCAGAUGUCCAUCAAGGGCCAAACGUUCAGCUUAGUUGCAGGUUCCCUUGACUCCACAGAAUCCACUUACACUAUGAAAACUCAAUCAGGGACCACACCUGACACCCCUACAUCUACCGGCAAACGCCUACCUGGACAAAAGUUAUUCAGGCGAUCAGCAGCUGGCUCAGACACCUACAGCGAAACUAGCUCAGUGGGUCAACCAGAGGAGAUGCCCCGAGAAACUACCCCACUGCCCCCUGCCUCAGAGGAAGGGGUAACAGAACCUCCUCAGGAAGAGCCUGCCACCUCUGAUCCUUCCACCUCUGAUCCUUCUUCGCCUGAAGUCCAACGUCAGCCUGACGGACAGGAGUCAGAGGAGGUCGACACCAUCAGAUAAAACAUUACGAAACUGGAAAGAAACACCAAGGCCUACAAGUUGUGUAGGUCACCUUUGGACCCACAAAUGGAGAAUUAGAGUUAGUGUAGACAUAGAUCAUCACUUUUACCUGGAGCCAAAUUCACAUGAACUCAUUUUGCUGAUAUGCAAACAAACAAAAUGAACAUAUAUUUGGAUUUGAAUAAUACACUGAAAAAAAGAAAUUAUAUGUAUAUACAUAUUUUUAUAUAUAUAUAUAUAUAUAUAU